AUGUCAACUUCAGAAAUGCAAAAAGUUGAGCCUUCAAAUAAUUCCAACUUUUUUAAAUCCUUGAACAUGACUAGAUAUAAUGAUUCGAAGUUUCCAAGGACAUUAGUUUCUGUUGUUGCAAAAAAUAUAGAUGGCUGGGCCAAUAUUAAAAAUGAUAAUGACAUUAUUAUAGAGUCCAUCAAAGGAGCAUUGACAAACAACAUAUACUUUAUCACUAAUAUUUCUUCAAAUAAAAAAAUAAUCUUGAGGGUUUAUGGGAAAGGAGUUGAUAAACUAUUGAAUCGGGAAAAGGAAUUGAACUUUUUAAAAAUGCUAUCAAAGGUUAACAUUGGUCCUCAAUUAUUAUUGAUUUUUAAUAAUGGUAGAUUUGAACAAUUUUUCGAAUCUGUAAACCUGACAAAAGAAGAAAUGAAAGAUGAGGAGAUUUCUCGUAAAAUAGCUGCCUACAUGUUUAAAUUGCACAACAUUGUGACAAUUUUUCCUCCUGAUAAUAUUGAAAAUAUUGUUCCUGAAGUCUGGUCCAACAUUGACCAAUGGUUCCAACUAGCAUGGGAUAUAAUUAAUUCUGAUUCUUCCGAUUCCUCCAACAAUGUUAAUAUAGAAAGAUUUGAUUUGGAAUUAUUAAAAAAAGAAAUAAAGGAAUUAAAAUCUAUUUUACAAAUGGUUGACUCACCAAUUGUCUUUGCACAUAAUGAUUGCCAGUAUGGGAAUAUAUUACGUCUUACUGAUGGAUCAAAUCAGCUAGCAAUCAUUGAUCUAGAAUACUCUGGUUGGAACCAUCGUGGUUUUGACAUAGGUAACCACCUAUGUGAGUGGACCUUUGACUACCACUCAACAGAGCCUCAUGUGGCACAUUUGGAUUGGUAUCCAAACGAACAGCAGCAGCGAACUGAAACAUUGAUGGAUACCAAAAUUUUACAGAAUUUUGCAGACAUGCCAAUAGUAUGUAGUAGAGGAAACAACAGUAAUUACAAUAACAAUAAUGAUGUUGUUGAUGAUAUUGAUAUUAAUGGUGAUAACAAAAACAAGGAACUUUUUUUUAAAAAAAAUCAAUUAAUGGAAUCAACAUCAAUGCCGCAAACAAAUGAUCAUAACGAUUCAUCAUUAAAAUUUUUUAAUAAUAAUGAUAUCACUAAUUUAAAAAAAGUUAAGAAAUCAAAUAGCAAUAAUCCUAUUGGGCAUGUUGAUGACUUGGAAGAACAAACUGCUGCUGCUGCUGCGCAAACAUUGCAACUCUUAAAGCUAACUUCUAAUUUACAAAAUGAUGGUGAUUAUCAUGAUCAUGACAAUGUUUUUAAUAGUGAUCAUCAGAUUAACUAUGAUAAUCAUCACAUUAAUGGUAAAAAUAUUAUUCUCAAUUCAGAUUGUUAUCUAAACAACCAUGAUAGUGAAGGUAGUAACAAUGGCAAUGAUGCUGCUGAUGGAUUGAGCAGAAAGAAUAUAUUAGAACAUCAUCCCAUUUUUUUUAAUGCUGAUAUAAGAGGAUUGACGGAUAAAAUAUCACAAUCUCAACAUGAUUCUACUAGACCUCCUGCAGAACAACAACGAUAUUUAAAUAUUUCUUUGGGUUGGAAUAAACCUGUUGAUACAGCUUUACUUCAUUCUGUAGCAGUACGAACACGGGAGGUCGAAAGAGAAUUGUUACCACUUCCAACAAUCUCAGCUCAUACAAACUCUUCAUUGCCUAAUUCUUCCAACUCAUUUGCUAGAUUAUAUAAUCUUAAAUCUCACCAAUGUACCCAUUCAAAAGAUCGACCAUAUAAAUGUUUAAUUUGUGAAUUGGCAUUUGCGAGAAAUCAUGAUCUAAAACGACAUCAAAAAAUUCAUGACAAAAUUGGAUGCUCUCAAACGUCACAAACAAAAUCCAAAAAAUCGCAACACAUGUCAAAUGACAUUAUUCGUAUAAAAUGA